AUGCCCUCAGCACCCCCUGCCAUGGAUGGGGGGAAGGACUUCCCCCAGCACCAGCACCAGGGCAGUGCCCUCUACAGCAUCCCGGGGCUCCACUCCCAGCUCACGGCCCCAGCCAUGGAGAAUUCCGUACUGGCCGCCGACUCGUGGAGUAGCUGCUGCCCAGUCCCUUUCCCCACCUCAUCUUUCCCAAGUGAAAACCAGCAAUAUUUUAAUCCCCCUCACGAUUUUUAUGUGAAUUCCAUGAGCAGACCACAUUUCUUUGAAGCAAACUAUGCACCUAUGGACCCCACUGACUUCUUACCAAAAAAUGGUGAUUUUCCUCAGGACUCUUCAUACCUCGAUGAGCUCUCCAACAACAACUCCCUCUUCUCGUCCCCUCCCGAUUCCCUCUCGGACAUUGCGGAUCCCAAGGACUUCCUGCCUGCCGACAGCCUGAGCCACGUGCCAACACUAUGGGAUGUAAACACCCCGCAGCAGAACCCGAUAGAGCUGUUCUCACCCAGCAGGUCGUUCACUGGCGUGAACAUUCCUGCUGUCCCCAGCACCCCACUCCUCAUAAGCUACCAGUCUCAGGCAGAGGAGGAGGAUGAAGGUGAGGAGGAAGAAACAGAAGAGUUGGGGCAAACAGAGACCUAUGCAGAAUACAUACCUUCAAAGUCCAAGAUAGGGAAGCACCACCCUGACCUGGUGGUUGAAACGAGCACCCUGUCCAGCGUCCCCCCCCCCGACAUCACCUACUGCCUGUCCCUGCCGCGCUCGGUGGCCGACAAGGGGUCCCUGUCAGCCCUGCAGCUGGAAGCCAUCAUCUACGCCUGCCAGCAACAUGAAGUUUUAUUACCCAAUGGGCAGCGAGCUGGGUUCCUCAUUGGGGAUGGUGCUGGAGUUGGAAAGGGCAGGACAGUUGCAGGCAUCAUCUUUGAAAAUUACCUUAAAGGGAGGAAAAAGGCUCUGUGGUUCAGUGUCUCCAACGAUCUCAAGUACGAUGCUGAGAGAGACCUGAAGGACAUUGAGGCCUCCCACAUUCCUGUGCAUGCUUUGAAUAAGAUUAAAUACGGUGACACAGCUACCUCAGAAGGAGUCCUCUUUGCCACUUACUCUGCGCUGAUUGGUGAAAGCCAGGCAGGUGGGCAGCACAGGACACGCUUAAAACAGAUUUUGGACUGGUGCAGAGAGAAUUUUGAUGGAGUUAUUGUGUUUGAUGAAUGCCACAAAGCCAAAAAUGCCAGCUCUACAAAGAUGGGCAAAGCAGUGCUGGACCUUCAGAACAAGCUGCCUCGAGCAAGGGUUGUCUAUGCCAGUGCCACAGGUGCCUCUGAGCCAAAAAACAUGAUUUACAUGAGCCGCCUGGGGAUCUGGGGGGAGGGCACCCCCUUCAGGGCAUUUGAUGAGUUCCUGCAUGCGAUUGAGAAGAGGGGAGUUGGUGCAAUGGAGAUCGUGGCAAUGGACAUGAAGGUUAGUGGGAUGUACAUUGCCAGGCAGCUCAGUUUCACUGGAGUGACCUUCAGAAUCGAGGAGAUCCCACUGGAUCAGCAGUACAAGAUGGUCUAUGACAAGGCAGCCAAGUUGUGGGCAGAGGCCCUGAUGGUGUUCCAGCAGGCAGCUGACUGGGUCGGCCUGGAGUCUCGGAAGUCCCUGUGGGGGCAGUUCUGGUCGGCCCAUCAGCGCUUCUUCAAGUACCUGUGCAUCGCGGCGAAGGUGCGGCGGCUGGUGGAGCUGGCCCGGGAGGAGCUGGCCAAGGACAAGUGCAUCGUCAUCGGGCUGCAGUCCACGGGGGAGGCGCGCACCAGGGAGGUCCUGGACGAGAACGAUGGGCACCUCAAUUGCUUUGUCUCUGCUGCAGAAGGCGUCUUUCUAUCACUAAUUCAGAAGCACUUUCCUUCAACCAAAAGAAAGAGAGAAAAAGGAACUGGCAUUAAAAGAAAACGGAAGCAGAGGGGCCGCUGCCCCAAGGCCCUCAGGGGCCUCUGUGACCCCGGGGGUGUCAUCAAGAUCAGCGACGACAGCAGCACCGACUCUGACAUGGGGCUGGACAGCGACUUCAACUCCUCCCCCGAGUCCCUGUUUGAGACUGACGACGUGAUCUUCGUUGAGCAAACCUUCAACUGCUUCCCCGAGGACAGGAGCAGUUUUCACAUGCUGCCUUCCCAGAAAGAGAUGCAUGGCCUGAGAGAACUAGAACAUGUGGAAAAGAUGAAGCAGGACCUCCUAGCAAAAGUAAAAGCACUGGGCAAAGAGCUACCUCUCAAUACCUUGGAUGAACUGAUCAAUCACUUUGGGGGCCCGGAGCACGUGGCUGAGAUGACGGGGCGCAAGGGCCGCGUGGUUUGCAGACCCGACGGCGCCGUCGUCUUCGAGUCCCGAGCAGAGCAAGGACUGUCCAUAGACCACGUCAACCUGAAGGAGAAGGAGCGUUUCAUGAAGGGGGAAAAGCUUGUAGCAAUAAUCUCAGAGGCCUCCAGCUCAGGGAUCUCUCUCCAAGCGGACAGACGGGUGAAAAACCAGAGGCGCCGGGUGCACAUGACUCUGGAGCUGCCCUGGAGUGCAGACCGGGCCAUCCAGCAGUUUGGCCGCACGCACCGAUCGAACCAGGUGUCUGCCCCGGAGUACGUGUUCCUCAUCUCUGAGCUGGCAGGGGAGAGGAGAUUUGCAUCCAUCGUGGCAAAACGGCUGGAGAGCCUCGGUGCCCUGACCCACGGAGACCGCCGGGCCACCGAGUCCCGGGACCUCAGCAAGUACAACUUCGAGAAUAAGUACGGGGCCAAGGCCCUGGACAGAGUCCUCUCCACCAUCCUCAGCCAGACCGAGAGCCGGGUCCCCGUGCCCAAGAGCUACGACAAAGGGGAGGCUGCCUUCUUCCAUGAAAUGAAGCAAGGUCUCAUCUCUGUGGGGAUCUGCUGCAACCAGAUGAAGUAUGGCACUGUCUCUGUGGAGAAGGACUGCUCCAUCACCAAGUUCCUGAACCGCAUCCUGGGUCUGGAGGUGGACAAGCAGAACAUGCUCUUCCAGUAUUUUUCUGACACCUUCGACUAUCUGAUUGAAAAGGACAAGAAGGAGGGCAAAUAUGACAUGGGCAUCCUAGAUUUAGCUCCAGGAGUGGAUGAGAUCUACGAGGAGAGCAAGGAGGUCUUCCUGACCCCUGGGCACCCGCAGGAUGGGCAGGUUGUGUUUUACAAGAUCAGUGUUGACAGAGGCUUGAAGUGGGAGGAAGCCUAUGAGAAGUCCCUCAAACUGACAGGAUCCUUUGAUGGAUUCUACCUCUCCCUCAAGAUGCGAGGCUGCAAGCACACCUGCCUGCUGGCAGAGCAGAUCCGUGGCAAGAACUUCAUCCUCUACAAGCCAAAUAUUGGGAAGCAAAGCCAGCCUGAGAGCCUGGACAGUCUGCAGAAGAAGUACCGGCAGGUGCCACCCGAGGAAGCCAAGGAGCACUGGGAGAGCAGUUACCUCUUCUCCCUGACCAACUGUAACCAUGCUGUCUGGAACGGGAGCUGCAAGCUGAUCCAGGAGGGGAAGGAGUGUUUCCAGGGCAUGCGGCUGCGGCACUACUACAUGCUGUGCGGGGCCCUGCUGCGGGUCUGGAGCAGGAUUGCCAGCAUCAUGGCAGACAUCACCAGCAGCAGCUACCUGCAGAUCGUCCGCCUCAAGACCAAGGAGCAGAGGAAACAAGUCGGGAUAAAGAUCCCCGAGAGCUGUGUCCGGAAGGUGCUGGAGGAGCUGAAGCAGAUGGACGAGAACGUGAAGCGGAAGCACAACCAGCUCCUGCAGGCGCCGCAGCUCACCCUCCCCCUGCCGCCCCCGCACCUCCCGCUGCACCUCCCGCCCCAGCCCCCGGGGCUCGCCCUGCCCAGGCCCCCCCUGCGCCAGGACGAGGUCCUGGACUUGACCUACAGCCCCCCCAGCAUUCCCGAGGUGGGGAUGAGCACCGAGCCCGGCGGGCUCUGCUUCCCCCCGGAGCCGGCGCUGCCCCCGCACCAGCAGCUCAGGUCGCCCUUCGGCUUCAGCCCCCCGGGGCUGGAGGGGAAACUGCCCCUGGGGUCCCCCCUGCAGGACCCCCGGGCCCUGCCCCCCCACGGACCUUCGCAGGCGCCGCCGCAGCAGGAAGAUUUUCUCCAGCAGGACGGGAAUAUCAACUUCAGAGAGAUCCUGGAGGAGAUGCUAAGGACGUUUAACGGGGCCCCCCAGGACAACGUGCUCCCCCAGGAGCGCCAGAGCGUGAUCCAGUUCAGUCGGCCCUUCCCCGAGUUCUGA